AUGGCAUCACAACACUCCUCCUCAUGGCAGGAGGUGAUUGAUAAAAACCAGAUCCCUAUCUCGAGAAAUUUCCUCGUGGGUCUCCACUUGACACAUUUCUUGAGUACCAGAUUCGCUCCCAACGUUACACAUUACACACAGAAGUUCUUUCAUCUACAAUAUUUUAUCGAAAGGAAAGACCAGCAAAACAUAUACGAUAUUGGUGUGGACGAUGCUUAUUACGUCGUGUCGUGGAUCGUGCUCCUCACUUUUUUCAGGUCUUUCCUCAUGGAGUGUGCAUUUAUUCCCUUUGCCCGCCACGUUAAUAAGAUCCACUCGAGAAAAGCUAGAAUGAGAUUUGCGGAACAGAGCUGGAUGGUGACUUACUACUGCUUUUCAUUUGCAUUCGGCUUCUACAUAUACCGCCUCUCUCCUCAUUGGCACAACAUCGACAAUCUUUACAUUGGUUGGCCUCAUUACCGCAUGCCAUCUUUGUUCAAGAAAUACUACCUUGUCUCCAUAGCGUUUUGGUUUCAACAAAUCGUUGUGCUUAAUAUCGAAAAGAAAAGAAAAGAUCACGUUCAAAUGUUAUGCCAUCACAUUAUCACGGUUGCUUUGGUUUUGGGAUCCUAUUACUAUUACUACACAAGAAUUGGCAACAUGAUCUUGAUGAUUAUGGACUCAGUUGACAUAUUCUUAUCGUCUGCAAAAAUAUUGAAGUACUCUGGCUGGCAGCGCUCCUGUGACGCAAUGUUUGUGCUCUUCCUUAUUUCUUGGGUAGCCUUGCGUCAUGGUUUGUACAACUAUCUAUACUACCACGCCUGGACGAAGGCAAGAGACUUGAUGUUCGACAGUCAGUGCAUUCCAGGCAUCCUCCAAAAGAGAUGCUGGACAACAACGGUAGUCAAUGUCUUCUUGACACUUCUCGGGAGCUUACAAUUCAUAACCUGUCUCUGGAUGUACUCUAUUCUUAAAGUGUUGAAUAAAGUCAUACACGGUGACAGCGCAGAUGAUGUCCGAAGCGAUGAAGAUGACUCGGACGUGGAGAGUGAAGAUGACAGCAAAACUAACCAAACUCCUGAAACGACAGAUGAAGACGUAACCGAAAAGGUAGAUCAGGAAUCUAAUACUCACGCGCAAAACGACUCGUGA